CGUUGAUGAAGCAAUUCCAAACGCACACGGAGAGAGAGAGAGAUCAAUAAGGAUAAUUUAAAUCGAUUGAAACCCUAGAAUCGAAAGCGAAUUUCAAUUGUUUCUUCAAUUGGGUGUUUGAGUUUGCUCCUCCUCAAUGGGGUUGUGGGAAGCUUUUCUCAAUUGGCUGCGAAGCCUCUUUUUCAAGCAAGAAAUGGAGCUAUCCUUAAUAGGCCUUCAAAAUGCUGGGAAAACAUCGCUUGUAAAUGUUAUUGCAACUGGUGGAUAUAGUGAAGACAUGAUCCCGACGGUUGGAUUCAAUAUGAGGAAGGUAACAAAAGGGAAUGUCACAAUAAAGUUGUGGGAUCUUGGUGGUCAGCCAAGGUUUCGAAGCAUGUGGGAAAGAUAUUGCCGUGCAGUUUCCUCUAUCGUUUAUGUUGUGGAUGCUGCUGAUUAUGAUAACUUGCCAGUCUCAAGAAGAGAACUUCAUGACCUGUUGAGUAAGCCGUCGCUAAAUGGUAUUCCACUGCUGGUAUUAGGCAACAAGAUUGACAAAAAGGAAGCUCUGUCUAAAGAGGAUUUGACAGGAGAGAUGGAUCUGAAGUCCAUCACCGACAGGGAAGUUUGUUGCUUCAUGAUAUCCUGCAAGAACUCUACCAACAUUGAUACGGUCAUUGAUUGGCUUGUAAAGCAUUCGAAGUCAAAAAAUUGAGUUCUUUCCUACUCGCACCGAUGACAUUAUCCGUUUAAGAGAGUGGAUUUCAAUCCGUUUUUGAAGUGACUAUCGUUGUUUGCUCGGUCUGGUUUGUUGAUAUCUGACCAUCCGUCAUCGUCUUGUGUUAUGUGCUUGGCAUAGUGUUGUUUUGGUAAACAUGUGUUGGAAGACACUAUGAUUUGAGUUUAUAUAUGUAUAGAAUUUGACUCUCUGAA